GCCCUGCGUCCUCGUGCGUGAUGACGUAGCGCGACAAAUGCGGAUCCCGAUUGCUGCAGCCGCUUGUCAGUGUGACGAAGAUUGGCACCCAGGUCCUCUCCUGCUGCCUGUCCAUAUAAUGUCCCAGUGUUGGCAGUGGCCAUUUUGAAUAUGAUGGCUGCCCAGUCUGUGUCCAUAGACAAAUACCCAGAGGGAGACCAGCAGAUGCAGGUAAUGGAGCAGUCAGAGAAUGACCUUAAAAAGGGCUUUUCCAAUGGAAACACAGGAAACACAAGCAGCCCUGUAUCCAAUGAACCACAAACACAAAUGGAUAUCGACAAAGCCUGUAUAUAUAGACAUCCUCUUUUCCCUCUCCUGGCUCUCCUGUUUGAGAAGUGCGAACAGUCCACUCUGGGGUCCGACUGUGUCACGUCUGCCAGUUUCGAUGUUGACAUUGAGAACUUUGUACGCAGUCAAGAGAAAGACGGCAAAGCCUUCUUUAGUGAAGACCCUGACCUCGACAACUUGAUGGUCAAGGCCAUCCAGGUGCUGAGGAUUCAUCUGUUAGAGCUGGAGAAAGUCAGUGACCUGUGCAAGGAUUUCUGCAGCCGUUAUAUUUCAUGCCUUAAGGCCAAGAUGAACAGCGAGACACUGCUGAGUGGAGAUCCAGGCAGCCCGUACUCUCCGGUCCAUGACCAGUUGUCCAACCCUUUCUCAGGUCCCCUCAGUCCCCAGAGUCUUCUGAUACCUUCGUCUGGUCUUCAACAAGGCAGUGUUACAGUGACCACAGUCAAUUCAUCACAAGUGGCCACAGGUAACACCGUAUAUCAGCCAGUGACAGUGGUCACACCACAGGGACAAGUGGUGACACAGGCCAUCUCACCUGGAGCACUACACAUCCAGAACUCACAGCUCCAACUUCAGCUCAAUCAGGACUUGAGUUUCUUCGGGGGAGACGACAGCUCACCUAAAAACAAACGUGGCGUUCUUCCCAAACAGGCAACCAAUGUCAUGCGCUCCUGGCUCUUUCAGCACAUUGCGCACCCGUAUCCCACUGAGGAAGAGAAAAAGCAAAUUGCAACUCAAACAAACCUGACUUUACUUCAAGUCAACAACUGGUUUAUUAAUGCUCGAAGACGAAUACUGCAGCCAAUGCUGGAUGCCAACUCAACAGAGGCAUCUAAAAGCAAGAAAAAGGUGGCUCAGAGUCGCCCGCUGCACCGCUUCUGGUCCGACUCCAUCGCCUCUACAGGAAGCCAGCAGCAGCUCACAAUGCCAGACGGGAGUUUGGUUACUGUGGGAAUGAAUGUUGACGGCUUCCAGGCGCUUUCUUCAGAUGGAGCCACUCUCGCCAUGCAGCAGGUCUUGAUGGGAAAUCACAGCGAGGAUGAGACUGAUGAAAGCGGCAAUGAAGACGACACAGAUAUGUCAACCGCCAACAUGCCCGGUCUGGGUUUAGACGUCAGCGACUAAGACGCAUGGAUUGCAGGUCACACACUGCAUGCUUACAUUUACAUUGGAAAACUUGCAGAUGAUGCUUGUUGCAAGAGAUCCGCUCCCUAUGUAGAUUUUCAGCAAAGCUGAUACUUGUGCACUACAAAAAGAAUUAAGUACUGUAUGUUGACCUUUAUGUUACACAAAACACAAGUGAACAGUUUACAGAGAGCACAACGUUACUGAAAGCAGCAAACCGAGGAGUGUCAUUUUUACCACAAAGAGGUUUGUGCACUUUUAUACAGAUACACUUGGAGAAGACUGCAGAAAUGGAGGACGGAGGAACCUUUUGAAACUCCUUUAGUGAAUGUUUGGUCAAUUUUGUUUUCUGUAUUAACUCAUUUGGAUGCCAAGAGUGUGUCGUCGUGCUGGUUUUAUUCCCACUGCAUGUUUGUGUUCUCUUCAGUAUGCUCACGCUUGUAGAGACUCCAAGACGGAGUUUGAGAAAAGAGAUUAUUUUUAUAUAUAAACGUUGUAUAAAAGUGUUGUUUUUCUUUUGCUGUUUUUUUUAGUGUUUUAUAGGGAAUAUUUAUGUACAGAAACGAUACUAUCUGCCCUGUUUUCAGGGGAUGAGUUUUUCUUCUUGUUUUUAGAAAAACAAACAAAAAAAAGAUCUUGGAGUUAAACCAUUGUUUCAAUUUGUGAAUUGGUUUUAACACUCGCGUACAAAAUGCCUUACACGUCCUUUUGUAAAACUCUUUUGCUGAUAAGCACAGAAAUCCGGAUGCAUUGAUGAAAUUGAGUAAUAUCUGUUCAAGUCUCUUCCAGUAAUCUUUCCUUCGUUUCAGAGGGAUCUCUGUUUUUGCUCUGUAGGCUGAUGUAGUUUGAUCUCACAUGUGCAAAGCUUAUCAAUCAGAUUCAUGAAAGAAGCUUUGGAAAUGAAAAUGGCAUAAAAUGUCCAUUAUUGAAGUCAAAUAAAGGUCAAGUCUGAAUAUUUUGCCACUCUGUUUUUACAUUUAAUGUUGUUAAUUGUGUGUUGUUGUUUUUAAGCAAUUAUUUAAGGACUGUUAACACUAAAAUAGUUUAAUAUUAAAGCUUGACCAAGUUUUGCGACUGGAAAAAUGUUCUGCAUGAUGGAGCCUUUGUUUCUUUUCUUCCUGUUUAUUGCAUUUUUGACAGAAGCACAUUGUCCACUUGAUGUCUUUGAAAAUAAUCAUGUCAAUUACUCCUGACAAGUCGGACAAUUGUUUGGCAGUUAUUUCUUAACACAAUAGCAAGUACUGUAUAAGACUACUUACACCAAAUAAAACCUUUCCAGAUAUGAAUGCACAA